ACGUGCCCCUCGGAGCAGGAGAGCGCCGCUCGCCUUUGCUUCUCCUCCUCCUCGCGGCGGUGUCUGAGCAGCCGCGAUCCUGCCUCCCUCCCGGGGCACUCACACGCGAGCGGCGCCCGCAAAGCUUUUUCGGAUUGGUGAAAUUAAACCACACGUCAGUAAUGCUGGAGGAGCAACAGCCCGAGGCUGCUGCAGAUCCAAUGUCCUCCUCCGAUGCACUGGAAGAUGAUCAAAAGGAAACUUCAGACGCAUCACCGAAUAUUUCUGAUGCAGAUGCAUUUAAAAUUCUCCUGGAGAUGAAGAUGAAGAAGAGACAGAAAAAGCCCAAUCUACCAAGCACUGUGACCGAACUCGUCACUGAGGAAGGAUCUAAGGUGUUCGUGGUUGGUACUGCCCACUUCAGUGACAGCAGCAAAAGAGAUGUAGUGAAGACAAUACAGGAGGUACAGCCUGAUGUGGUUGUGGUUGAGCUUUGCCAAUACAGAGUUUCUAUGUUAAAGAUGGAUGAACAGACAUUACUAAAGGAAGCCAAAGAAAUCAAUCUGGAGAAACUUCAGCAAGCUAUAAAACAGAAUGGAGUCAUGUCAGGACUAAUGCAAAUGCUUCUGCUGAAGGUCUCUGCUCACAUCACAGAACAGCUGGGAAUGGCCCCAGGAGGGGAAUUCAGGGAGGCUUUCAAAGAGGCUGGUAAAGUACCUUUCUGUAAAUUUCAUCUUGGGGACAGACCCAUCCCUGUUACGUUUAAGAGAGCCAUCGCUGCACUUUCUUUCUGGCAAAAAGUCAAGCUUGCUUGGGGCCUCUGCUUCUUAUCUGACCCAAUCAGUAAAGAUGACGUGGAGAAGUGUAAACAGAAGGAUUUACUGGAGCAGAUGAUGGCUGAAAUGAUUGGAGAAUUUCCUGAUCUCCAUCGAACAAUUGUAUCGGAGCGAGAUAUUUACUUGACCUACAUGUUGAAGCAAGCAGCUAAGCGAAUAGAACUACCUCGUGCUUCAGAAACUGAACCCAGAAAAUGUAUCCCGUCUGUUGUAGUUGGAGUGGUUGGGAUGGGUCACGUGCCUGGAAUAGAAAAGAACUGGAACACGGACUUAAACAUCCAGGAAAUCAUGAGUGUGCCUCCACCGUCAACUUCGAGUAAGGUUCUCAGAUUUGUCAUAAAGGCAACAGUUUUCGGACUGAUGGGAUAUGGCUGCUACCGGGUAGGACAAAGGACAGUUCAAUUUAUUCUCUCGAUGCCAGCAACACAGAACUGUCUUCAGAGGCUGACGGAAAUUAGACCUCGACAUUGAACGCCCAGUUGAAAUACUGUCUGGAGAUAAUUGCAGAAAUGAGUUUUAAAGACAACACAUGCUAAUUGGGAUGAAAAAGAGGGACUGAGGAUUCUUGUCAUAGGUUCCAUUUGAUGCUGAGCAGUGCUGAAUUGCUGUGAAGUAAAUGGGUUGCUAUUAAAAGCUACACCAGCUGUGACCUAAUGAAUAAGUCUGCUUCCUGAUAAGUGUGUGGUAUGAAAGUACAUGAUUCCAGUUUGAGGUAAAUGAAAUAUGUUACACAUAUAUAUUAUAUAUCAUAUUAUAUAUUAUGUGUAUAUAUAAUAUAUAUUUAUGAUGAUGUAGUACAGACAGCGUAAAGAGUGUAUAUUCUUGACUUUUUUCAGAGGAACAGAGCAACAUAAGGUAACUUAAUUAUGUUUCCGCUCAACAGCGCAUGGACACCUCUGAGUAGUGUUUCGGUAUAAUAAUACCAAAUGAUCAGUCCUGGUGCUAAGCACCUAUAAAAUGAUUUAGAAGGACAUCUUCUUACAGAACAUUUUGUAUACAUUUAGGUUUUUUUUAAACUUCAGAGCUUUCAAAAAAUAUCAGAAUGGUACAGGCUGUCAGACGUACACCGCCAAGUUUCUUUGAGCCUUAUUAAAGAACUGAAACGUUGCCUUUAGAAUUACACCUCACCUUACAGACAUCAGUAAUAGUUUUCUCCUCUGUUGGAAAGGUAUGUACCUUUAUCAGCAGGUGUUGGUUAACUUCCAGUGUUUACAGGGCACUCUGUUCCUUUUGGAUUCAAUUAUUUAACCAUAUUAGUUAGCCAAAUCCUGUUGGCUUUAAGUUCAGUAUUGUAAACUUUUGAGGCUAGAACUACUGUCUAAUUUACUUUUCACGUCGCAAAGCUUUCUUUAUUUGGACAAUAUGUCUGGGGUUGAUAUGCAGUACUUGACCUUACUUUUCUCCCCCCACACAUGCAAUGUUUUGUUUAUCAGUAUAAUUUUUCAGUGGAUGAGUAUUUUAUCUAUUUAAUAGAAAGAAAAGCAAAAAUCAAUUAAUUUUUUUAACUAGCCAUGGGGUUUGGAGAUUUUUUAUCUUUGCUGUUUGUAGAAUUAUGGGUAUGACUUCAACUACUGUAAUGUUAAACACUUCUUUUUUUUUCAGUACAUCUACUUCUAACCCUAUGUUCAUUAUGUUUUAUAGUUCUUUCUGUAUCCGUAAGACAGGAUUGCCCUUAAUUAUAAGUGCCCUUGGAAACAAUCUAUUCCCUCCCCAAUGGUAUAGCAAUCAUAAUUGUCAUAUCAAUAAUGUUUUAAUCUCUUUAUUUUAUGUGAAAGAGGUCCAUGUGCUACUGGAGCUCGUAUGCAAUUGAAAAUUGGUUGAAGUGAAGUCCAUAUCUGUUCUCAGGGCCGGCUCCAGGCACCAGCAAAGGAAGCAGGUGCUUGGGGCGGCCAAUGGAAAG